AUGACCGGUAAUUUUUCUGAUGAGGUGGUUGCCGCCAACAACAAAGUCGACUCCAUGGCCGCCCCAUACAGGACUAUUUCCUGUGGAGCGAAAUCUGGAAGAGAGUGUGACCAAAAGUUAUUAGAAAGCCUGGGACUGGGUGCGGUGACGGGAGACUCCGCAAGUGUCAGUAGCACAACAGCGGCAACAGCGACAACAGAUACCACGGCAGCAACGAAAACAACAGAUACAACGGCGACAACAGCGAUAACAGGAUCGACCGCGAUGAAUUCGAACUCAGCUGCAGGUCAAGUAAAUACCAACACAACCAGCAGUAAAAAAACGAGCGGAGGCAUGAUUGCAGGAGUAGUAGUGGGUGCUAUAGCGGCGGUAUCCAUUACGAUCGCAGCAGCUGUGUUCUUGUUAAAGAGAGCGAGGAAGAGGAGGAUUUCCAAAGGAGAAAUGGUGAUAAAUGAUAUGAGUCUCACAGGUCAGAAGCCGGGCGCAUUCUACCAGAAGGACACUUAUGGAGGAGUGACAAAGAAUUAUGAGACUUACAAUAUCAGUAGAAGAGCAGAAAUGGACAGUGACAGAACUUAUGAAAUGGGUGGAGAUCAUCAUGGUUUCGUGGAGAUGCCUGGGAGUUCUAUCUGCAAGGGUCGAGUCGUAGUCCGACGAUGA